AUGGCUUCGCCCGUCGGCUGUCAGCAUUAUGUGCGCAGUUGCCGCCUGAAAGCUCCGUGCUGUGGCAAACUAUAUGUGUGUCGGCUCUGCCACGAUGCAGAGGAGAACCACCAGAUGGACCGCUUCAAAGUCAGGGAGGUUGUGUGCGCCGAGUGUGAAACCCAACAGAAGGCGCAGAAGACCUGUCAGCAGUGUCACGCUCAGUUUGGGGAGUAUUACUGCGACAUCUGUCACCUGUUUGACAAGGAUAAGAAGCAGUACCACUGUCAGCCUUGUGGAAUAUGCAGGAUUGGGCCCAAAGAGAAGUACUUUCAUUGUGAGAAGUGCAAUUUGUGUUUAGCCCAGGAUCUGCGAGGAAACCACAAGUGUGUCGAGAACGUAUCAAGGCAGAACUGCCCAGUGUGUAUGGAGGACAUUCACACAUCCAGGAUUGGAGCUCACGUUCUUCCUUGCGGCCAUCUUUUACACAAGACCUGCUUUGAUGACAUGGUCAGAACGGGAGCGUACCGCUGCCCUCUGUGCAUGCAUUCUGCCUGGAGCAUGGAGGAACACUGGGAAAUGAUAGACAAAGAGAUCGCUCAGACACCAAUGCCCACUGAAUACCAGGGCACUACGGUCAAAGUUAUUUGUAACGACUGCCAGUCCCACUGCACCGUGGCUUUUCAUGUGUUGGGGAUGAAGUGCGCCGAGUGCGGCUCUUACAACACAGCGCAGGAUGGAGGCCUCAUCCAGCAGCAGCAGCAGCAGCAUUCAGACCAGUACGCCGAGAACGAGCCAGAGCCGCAGGAUCAACAUGAGUCCCAGACGCCGCAUUAAAAGCCCCAACGGAUGACGUUUUACACUUCUGACAUUUGAUUGAACUUAAACGUGUUAAUAUAAAACAAUGAAACCAUGGACUGAUACUGUAUUCUACCCUAAACAAGUAAAUCCCUCCGUUCCUCUCCUCCAUCUCACCAAACAGGAGAUGAAGGAGGCAUCGUUAAAAACCUGAGGAAUCUCCAGUCCAGGCCUGCAGACUGGUUACAGUCACAGACAUGAAUGCUUUUAGACUGACGAAUCAGAGUUCAGAUUGUGCCAUAUGCCUCGUUUAAAAGCUUAACAGAGUUAUCUUUUGUGUUAUAAAUGUUAUUUUAAAGAGAAUCCGUUUUGGAAAAUUCUCAAAAAAAGAGAUCUAAAGCAGAGUGUUGCUUCAUCAUAGCUGUCGGUUGUAGAGCUCCACCGUCAGUCAAACACAGUGGCCUGCAAAAGUAUUCACACCCGUGGCAUUUUCCGUGUUUUGUUGCCUCCCAGUUUGGAAUUAAAAUUAAUUUAGAGAUUGUACCCUCAUUUACAGAACACGUCUA